CCACAAAAAAAUGCUAUUUAUUUUUUUAAUCAUCACCUCAGGCUUGAAACUGCAAUUUACUCCAAAGUACUUCUAGAAUCUGUCGUCAACUGUCGAUUGUAGUUUCCCCCUUCUAAAUCCUCCUUUUCCGGCCGUGAAGGCAAGCGAGCAACAUGGGAGCCUACAAGUAUAUGUCGGAGCUUUAUCGCAAGAAGCAAAGCGAUGUGCUUCGCUACCUGCUCCGCGUCCGGUGUUGGCAAUAUCGCCAAUUGACGAAAGUUCACCGAGCUCCCCGCUCCACUCGUCCCGACAAGGCCAGACGUCUGGGAUACAAGAACAAGCAAGGCUAUGUGAUCUACCGCAUUGCCAUGCGUCGGGGUGGACGUAAACGUCCCGUGGCUAAGGGUUGCCCUUACGGUAAACCCAAGAGCUCCGGUGCCGUCAAGCAACAAAAGCCAGAGAGGAACCUGCAAUCCAUUGCAGAGGAGCGCGUGGGCCGAAGACUUAAGGGUCUGAGAGUGCUCAGCUCUUACUGGGUGGGUCAGGAUUCGACCUACAAGUAUUUCGAGGUUAUCAUGAUUGAUCCCGCCCACAAGGCCAUUCGUCGGGAUGCCAAGAUCAACUGGAUCAUCCGACCCGUGAUGAAGCACAGAGAGCUGAGAGGUCUAACUGCCGCUGGCAAACGGUCCCGAGGCUUGGGUCACGGCCGCAAGUUCAACCAAACCAAGGGUGGUUCUCGUCGGGCUUGUUGGUUGCGCCGCAACUCUUACAAGAUGCACCGCAAACGUUAAGUUUCGGCCACUCUGGGUUAUUAGCAACUGUCGGAGGUUGCCAUUUCCCUGGCCAUCCAAGUCCCGUCAAAACUUUGGGAAGGAUGUUAACGAUAAUAAUAAACGUGGAGUUUGGA